GUGGGGGGAACUGAAGGGAAGUCCCGCCUCUGCCGCUUCUCGGAAGCUGGGGACACCGCCACGCACCUGGCUGAGUCCGGGAGGGGCGGGCAGGUGAGGGCGUCGUCGCGCCGAGACCCCCAGCUGUGACCGUGCCAGAACUGAUUCCGGAGCUGCCAUGAUUGAAGUGGUAGCAGAGCUGAGCCGGGGUCCUGUGUUUCUGGCAGGGGAGGCUCUGGAGUGUGUGGUGACUGUCACCAACCCGCUGCCCCCCACGGCCACUUCUGCAUCCAGUGAGGCUCUGGCUUGGGCCAGUGCCCAAAUCCACUGCCAGUUCCAUGCCAGUGAGAGCCGAGUGGCUCUGCCUCCACCUGACUCUAGCCAGCCAGAUGUACAGCCCGACAGCCAGACUGUCUUUCUGCCACACCGAGGUGAAAGGGGUCAGUGUAUCCUUUCUACUCCACCAAAAAUUCUGUUCUGUGACCUGAGGCUAGACCCUGGAGAGUCUAAAUCAUACUCCUACAGUGAAGUGCUGCCCAUAGAGGGACCUCCCUCCUUUCGGGGUCAAUCAGUCAAGUACGUCUACAAACUGACCAUUGGCUGCCAACGAGUCAACUCGCCCAUCACUUUACUCAGGGUUCCUUUGAGGGUUCUUGUUCUGACUGGUCUCCAAGAUGUCCGGUUUCCACAGGAUGAGGCUGUAGCCCCAUCCAGUCCGUUCCUAGAGGAGGACGAAGGUGGGAAGAAGGAUUCAUGGCUAACCGAGCUGGCCGGGGGGGGCCCUCCGUGAGAGUCCUCUCAGAAUUAUUCCCACCCCUCUCCACACAAUCUAUACAACAUCAGUGAUGGCCGAGGGAAAGUUGGGACAUUUGGCAUCUUCAAAUCUGUGUACAGACUUGGCGAGGAUGUGGUGGGGACCUUGAACCUAGGAGAUGGAACCGUGGCUUGUUUGCAGUUUUCAGUGAGCUUACAGACUGAGGAGCGCGUGCAGCCUGAGUAUCAGCGGCGUCGAGGGGCAGGGGGUGUCCCUGCUGUGUCCCACGUGACUCAUGCCCGACACCAGGAGUCCUGCCUGCAUACAACCAGAACCAGCUUCUCCCUCCCCAUCCCUCUCAGCUCUACCCCAGGCUUCUGCACGGCCAUUGUAUCCCUGAAGUGGCGACUGCAUUUUGAGUUUGUAACAUCCCGAGAAGCAGGAUUGGCACUCCUCCCGCCUGUGGAACAGCCCGAACCUGCCACCUGGACAGGUCCUGAGCAAGUGCCUGUAGACACCUUCAGCUGGGACCUCCCCAUCAAGGUGCUGCCUACGAGCCCCACCCUGGUCUCCUAUGCUGCCCCUGGCCCCAGCACCAGCACCAUAACCAUCUGAAAUGGCCAUCCGCCCAUCCUGGCACUAGUUUCUUCAGGAUACUGAGAACUCCGCUCCUGGACUCCAGUCAGGCCCACCUUUUCUACCUGGGACCCAAUGGCACGGACAAUGAGAGGCAGGCUUUCAGCUGUAGCAUUAAUUUAUUUAUUCAGAAUAAAUCGGUAGCUGCUA